GACCUGUUUGCACUGGGCCUGUAAGCGGAACCAUGCGCAAGUGGUGUCCUGCCUGCUGGAUGCUGGUGCAGAUCCACAGAUCCCCACGGCCAAAGGAGAGCUGGCUGCACAGCUAACUGCCAAACCAGACAUCCGGAAGAUACUGGGAGUAGAGGAAGAAACUGAAUGUCAAGGAAUGAAGGAUUUCAAUUUGCCAGUUGUUGCGAACUACUUGGCCAACCCUCCAUUCCCUUACGUUUACACUGAAGAAAGCAUUCCAGACAGCCUGGCAGAACCCCAGAAUGAAAGCGCUUCCAUCUCCUCUGCCUCCCCGUGUGAAACCAGCCCUUGUUCAUCAGCAGCUCAGGUUGAAAGCAUCUGCACCCCUACAUCAUGCAACAGCGAAGACGACUUCCCUGCACAGGCCACUGUGGAGCAGCUGCCCACCCCACCACCACCUCCCGCAGCCCCGGAGUGUUCCCGGCCCGUGGUGCCCAAUAUUCCCAGGCCAGUGGUACCCAACAUCCCCAUGCCAGCGGUGCCCAAUGCCCCCCAGCCACUGGUACCCAAUGUUCCCAGGCCAGUGGUCCCCAAUGGCUCCAUCUGCCCAUCACCUGCACUGGCAGCACUCGAACAGGCUAGACCUCUGCAAACCAACAGUUCACCCACUGGUCCCACGCCAGCAUUCCAGCCCUUCUUCUUCACUGGAACUUUCCCAUAUAACAUGCAAGAACUUGUGCUUAAGGUGAGAGUCCAGAACCUCAGAGACAACGACUUCAUUGAAAUAGAACUGGACAGACAAGAACUGACCUACCAAGAUCUGCUCAGAGUGAGUUGCUGUGAACUGGGUGUUAAUCCAGAGCAAGUCGAGAAGAUCAGGAAAUUACCCAAUACACUCGUAAGAAAGGAUAAGGAUGUUGCCAGACUUCAGGACUUCCAAGAGCUGGAGUUAGUCCUUGUGAAAAGUGAUGGCUCUCCCUUCCGAAACGCUGCAUCCACUUUGAUGGAGAGGCCAUGCUACAACAGCAGAGCAUCAAAGCUGACGUACUGA